CACAAAUUUUCAACUACGACAUGUUAUACUGUGUAUUAGCAAUUUUGAUUCUUCUUAAACAACCUUUGUCGUACUCUAUUGAUCUUAUUUCGCAACAAAACUGUUCGACUGGCUCUACGGAUUCAAAUGCGGAAUAUUUUAACUCCGCAAAUCUUCUGUGUAAAAAGUGUUCACAGAAUUUGACUUUUCAAAAACAAUCAGCAGAUGGUAUGGAUCUUUGCAAACUUAUUUCCAGGGUUUUCAUGCAUUUGUCAACCUGGAUACAAAACGAUAAAAAACUUUGGUGGUAAUAAUGUUGAAUGUUCUCAAUGUAAAAAUGGAGAAGUAAGUGGCCCUGGUUACUGAUUAUUCUGAAGACGGUCAGUGAGGACGGCCUGUUCUGUAUACCAUGUAGGACUGGUUCAUAUAUGGCAGCCACAAAAAGUUGCAGUUCUUGUCCUUCAGACUCUGUUUCAGGUAACUACACAUGAUGUCAUUAGGAUCAUGUUUACAGUUUAUCUUGACCAGUCAGGUUCCCAACUCCUUAGUCAGACAUGCCUAACUUGUUCAAACAACACGAUGCCAGACAACAAUACGUGAGUUUAUAAGGUAGUCAUCAAAUGGAAUUUUAGCUGUGCGACAUGUCAGACAACAAUUAAAAUGUUGCGUGCUUCUUCAUUGCCUGAAUCAUGCAUAUGUCCGAAUUCCCGAGUUGAUGGAGUUUGCUUUCCCGGAAUAACACCAACGUCAAUUGGCACUUCCAAUUCAGCCUCUAGUUCAAGCCCCGUUGUACCUACAGGAUCUGAUACCUUUACACUAGUAUUACCUGCUGGUGAGACAAGUUCACAAACAGGGAUAUCAUCUAAAUAUUUUGAGACACAAGCACGUUCAGCAACAGCAUUUUGUUCAACUGCUUAUAAUAAUAUAACAGCAUGUCAGUUACUAGCUAAUUUAUGUACCUUACAAUUAAAUACAUUAUACGAUAGUGGAACUGGAUCAGCUAGUACAUGUUCAGAAUUUCGAAGACUUACUAGUCAAAGAACUCCAAUUAAUAGUGAUUAUACUAGUUGGGUGAAUGAUAUGCCUUGGCUUUAUUAUAGUCCAACGAAAGGAUCAACAGUUCUUAAAGAUACAAAAAUAAAAACGAUUUAUAGUCCUAAUUCCAAUCUAAAAAUCUAUUUAGCUGCAUUUAAAAUAAAUGGUGAAUUUUUAGGUUUUCAAGAUGCAUCACAAGGUGGACAAUUACAAUUAUGUAAAGAUACAUCAGCACGUAUGAAAGCUGCAUUUCAAUUUGCUACAACAUAUAGACAAACUUGUGAAUUAAACGUGGACGAUUUAUUUGAUAAUGAGAAAUAUCCAUUAGUUUUCUAUGACCCAUAUAUUUAUUAUUAUGAUACUACAACACAAACUAGUCAACUUAUUCCAAUCCCAAUACGUAAUACAGCUGUUAUUGAUAAAAGUGGAAAUUUCCCAAAUGUAAUAACUAGUUCAGAUCAAAAUAGUUUGAAUGAAGCAUUAGCAUUAGGUAAUACAGCAUCUGCUGUAUCCAUUAAAGCUGCUAUACAAGAUAAAUGGGAAUUAACUCGACGUUUAUUUAUGGUUGAUAAUUUUUCAGGUAAAACGUCUACAAUAUCAAAAGUGCCUCAAUUAGUUCGUUAUGCAUCAAAUAUUGAAAUCAAAGUGACAUCACAAGAUUCUGUUACUGAUGGACAAAUAUAUCCACCAAUUAUUAAAAUUGACUAUUCAAAUUUGUAUGCUACAAAUGACUAUGGCAAAGGGAAACAAGUCCAAAUUACAUUUUCAGUUACUUAUAGUAGUUCAAUUGCAAAACAAGCUGCAUUCGAUCAAGCUUUACGUAUUGCUAUGGGUUGUAUGUCAACAUUGGCUGCAUGUUAUGCAAUGAUACGUACAUGGAUAUGGUCACGUCGUGCUGGUGUACUACGUUUAGAUGCUAUGUUAGUGAUUAAAUUGAUUUUAUUUGCAGCAGGAAAUAUAUCUAAUGCAUUUUUAAUUGUCAUCUAUUUUGUUUCAAUUUACUUUUUAAUAUUUUAUAAGGUACAAAGUGUCUACUUAAUCAAUCUACCAAAUUCUGAUGAAUUUAUAGUAAUUUAUAUUGCAAUUGCAUUUGCAUUGAAAUGUAUUGACUUGAUACACUUAAUAGCUGUUCAAUGUACAAUCGAUAUGUUUUUAAUUGAUUGGGAACCGCCUAAAUUCAAUCGUAAUGUAAAUAAUGUUAAUCCAUCAUCCAACACAGAUAUACAAUUAAGUUCAAGAAGUCAAUCAUUAGGAAAAUAUAAUAUGAUUAACGAUGUUACAGAUAAUUUAGAGGCACGUCCUAAAAAAGAAUUACGAUCAUCUUUACCACCAUCAUCAAUAUCCAAUCAAAUGGAAGAUACCGGUAUAUCAGUAUGGCGAAUAAUUUAUGUAGCGAACGAAUGGAAUGAAAUACAAACAUAUCGUAAAACUAGUUGUUUAAUUACCAUUGCAUGUGUGCUUAUUUUAAUGCAGGUUAUUGGAUUAGAAAAUUUAGCAUCAUCAGAUGCUAAGUCCAAUGUUGUACUUAAUUCUUAUGAAUAUCAAAGUCCACAAAGUCGUAUAUUUCGAAUUGCUUUAAUACUUUCCAUUUUUUCAGUAAUAGGUAUCAUUCAAUGGCUUUUCUCAAUCACUUUAUGGGAGAGAUGUUUCUCUGAUAAAUUACGUAGUUUCGCUGAUUUAUGCAGUGUAGCAAAUGUUUCUGUAUUUUUAUUUGCUCAAUCUAAUUUCGGUUAUUAUAUUCAUGGACAUUCACCGACAGGUCGUUCUGAUGUUGAUUUAGGCGGUAUUACACAAAUGUUAUCUAUUGAAAAUGAAGGUAUAGCACCAAAACGUGGUAUUACACCAGAUUCAAAUGAUCAUACUUAUCGUAUGGCUUUACCUUCAGGAUUACGUCAAACAUUUAAUCGUUUGUAUACACCAUUACUUAAUUUAACUUUAAAUACUGAUAAAUAUGGUAAACAUGCUUCACCACAGGCAAUCACAAAUGAAGUUUAUCAUAAUAUUAAUCGAUAUUUGAAAAGAUUCAUUUCAAGAGAUGAUCCUGAUGGUUUACGCUACAGAAUUGUACGUCGUAAAGCAUUCGAAGAUAUUCUUGAUGGUGAAUUCGAUGAUACAACAUUUGAAGGAUUAUUUUAUAUUGAUGACGGCAAUUCAUUUGGUGAUACAUUAUAUUAUGGAAAUGAAUGGUUGUUAUUCACAUUUGAUGCACUUCUAUUCUGUUUAGUGGAUUUAUUAAGUCAAAAUUUAAUAUUAUCAGCAUUUUUUGUCAUUCUAAUAGGAAGUAUAUUCACCUUAUUACGUGACGAUCUUGGACGUCGUAAUACAGCUAGAAAAACACUUAUUGAUGAACGUUUUCUAAUUUAGAAUAAAUGCCCUUCCAGUUUAAAUAAAAGGUGUUGAAAUGAAAUGAAACUAUAACAAA